AUACUUCUCUCCCCCACAGGAGGAACUGACGAAAGCAAGCGCAUUCACACCGCAUCUGCAGCUUCGGAACUCAUGGCCCAAAUGAAGACCUGCCACUUCAAACUUGUCCUUAUCGGAGACACCGCUGUUGGAAAGUCAUGCCUCGUUGUCCGGUUCGUGCGAGACGAGUUCUUUGAGUUCCAAGAGCCGACAAUUGGAGCGGCGUUCUUGACACAAACCGUCAGCAUGGACGACGGGGUGACCGUCAAGUUUGAGAUCUGGGAUACCGCAGGACAAGAACGAUAUCGCAGCUUGGCACCGAUGUAUUACCGUGGCGCUGCUGCUGCUAUUGUCGUGUACGAUGUCACGAAUAAGGACUCCUUCACUGGUGCUAUGUCCUGGGUUAAGGAAUUGCAACGCCGUGGGGACCCCAACGUGAUCAUUGCGUUGGCCGGGAACAAAGCCGAUUUGGAAUCCCGCCGAACAGUCGAUUUUGAGGUAUUUCCCCGCGAUAUGAGAGUCAUGAGCGCGUAUAUUUCUAUAGGAAGCGCGUCAAUACGCCAGCGACAACGGUAUCUUGCACAUGGAGACGUCUGCGAAGACUGCUGCGAACGUCAAAGACCUGUUCGUCGCAAUCGCUGAACGACUCCCAAAGAACCCCCCACAACCUGAACGUGAGGCCUUCCCCAUUACUGCACCGCCGAGCCAAAAGCCAGCUCGGGGCGGGUGCUGCUAAGCGAAUGCUUCCUGCAGGACGCGGUGACGCUCGGACCAAUUGUAUUGCCUUUAUAUGUAGAAAAGAGUCCUCGGUAAACGCCCCGUUGAACGAGAAUGAUAUUUUAUUUCAAACAUAUUCUCGCAAUUAGAUUUGUAUUUGAAUGAAGCAGUACAAUCAAUCGCGACGCUUCUUCAGCUGCGAAACAUCAAGCUUGGAAUCGUCGUCAAUGCCAACCGUGCGAUUAAUGCCGAACAAACGAACACCGUGCAAUUCUGGCAAUUUGGCCAAGAUGAGCACCACCCACACAGGCACGUUGAUCAGCAGCUGGAUCGUAUCGUAGUUUGACAUAACACUCGCCCACAGCAACAAGACGGUCGGCACCACGAUCAGGAACUUUUUUAUCCACGUCCAUGGCCGGCCGUCGUCAAUUUGCUCGUAAAACGUCAGUUCGCGGUACUGGCCACCGAGACUCGAUGGGUCUUCGUCAGGGGAGCCUUUGAUCCAAUGCAUUGCCACGAAGGAGAAAAACCCGUGCACUAUGUUGACACUCGUCCAUGCCCAGUCCACAGGCAUGAUCGUGUGCACAAUGAUGUAGAUGAGGAACAGGGUGAUCACAUAGAAGCCCAUGAACCCCGGGGAGUCCAUCCAGUUGACGUUUCUGUUCAGGUUUGGCUCCAGCGGCGUCGCACUGUUUUCGCGCUGCAUGCCCUCGUUGUCGGGUCUGAAGCAAAAGGAUGAAGUUCUUCUCAAUAAUGCAAAGUGAAU